CAUUUUUAAAAACAAAAAUAACAGCAAAAUAUCAUUUUGCUAGGUGGUGCAUGUUACCGCCUGAUUAAAAGGAAAUGGCCGCCAUGCAUCCAUCUACCCGUCCAGCCGGGGGUACCGGAUACGCCGGAUACCGUAGCACCGUGGGGGGGCGUCGGGUGUGUGUGGCUGGGUUGACUGGCAGUACCGACGGUACCGUUGUACGUUUCGAUGAACAAUUCAAUGUGGUGGUCUCAUUCGCUUCUCGAAGAAUUCCGUGAAGAUAGAAUUGUUAUUCAAUAACGGAGGCAUGGUUGGCGUGGACGGACUAGCAUCUGGGGUGUCAUGGCCCAGGCAGACUGACGGGCCCUGACGUGGUCCCGGCCGGGGCCCCGGGCGGGCUGGACGGGGCCCUCGAUGGCAUGGUCCCGCUGGUGUACGAGCCGGCCACGCAGCGGAUGCGCCGGAGGUCCCCCGAGAGGGACGCGGCCUCGCUCACGAGCACCUCCUCGGCCAGCACGGACCUGUCGGCCUGCCCGUCGGAGGCCGAGGAGGGCGCCAGGCGCAGUGCUGGCCUGGCCGCCAUCUUCUCCAGAGGCCUUUUGGCUUGGAAGUGGAAGGCUUCCGAGGUGAGAGUGCCCUCACCUCGAGAUCCGUCUCCUACUCCUUCCAAGCAGAGUGCCGAUGGCUGUGUGGCCAGCUCAACGACUGCACUCAUCUUGGAGAACCGUCCGUCGAACCUCCCCGCCAAGCCCCCGGACGAGGAGCACAAGCACAGGCUGGAGUACGAGGAAAUGGUGAAGGCAGCCCGGAAAAAAGAGCUCAAGGAGGCGGCGGCCCGCAGGAAGCAGCUGGAGCAGCAGUGGCGCCAGGAGGAGCAGCUGGUGCAGGCGACGCGCACCUGGGUCUCGGACGUGUUACCCCGCUGGGAGACAGCGCGGCACCAGCGGCGCACGCAGGAGCUCUGGUGGCAGGGCAUCCCGCCCAGCGUGCGGGGCCAUGUCUGGAAGCUGGCCGUGGGCAACGAGCUGAACAUCACGAGCGAGCUGUACGAGAUCUGCGCUUCACGCUCGCGCCAGGUCACACGGGCCGACGAUCCUGACCGGGCCGACACCCGGGAGAACUCUGCCCAUCUGAUACGGCUGGACGUGUCGCGCACCUUUCCGCAACUCGGCAUCUUUCAAGAGUCGGGCCCCUACUUCGACGUCCUGCACUGCCUGCUGGGCGCCUACGUGGUGUACCGGCCCGACGUGGGCUACGUGAGUUCCCGGGCAGUGGUCUCCGGCCUGGCCGACUGCAGCGGCCUCGCUUCCGCAGGUGCAGGGCAUGUCCUUCCUGGCGGCCAUGCUGCUGCUCAACCUGGACGUGGCCGACGCCUUCAUCUGCUUUGCCAACCUGCUCAAUCGGCCCUGUCAGCUGGCCUUCUUUCGUGUGGACCAGCCGCAGAUGAACGCCUACUACACUCUGUACGAGGACUUCUUCCGCGAGAACCUGCCCAAGCUGUUUGCACACUUCCAGAAACACAGUCUCACGUCAGACCUGUACCUCGUGGACUGGUGAGUGUCUCAGAAUCUUGGCUCGGAGCCCUGGCCAGGGCCCCCAGUCGAGACUGUCACCACUGCAGGAUCUACACGUUGUACAGCCGGUCUUUGCCGCUGGAUGUGGCCAGCAGAGUUUGGGAUGUCUUCUUGAGAGACGGCGAAGAAUUCCUGUUUAGGUCGGCACUGGGUAUCAUGCGGCUCUACGAACAAGUCCUAUUGCAACUAGACUUCAUCAACCUUGCCCAGUUCUUGACCAAGCUGCCAGAGGACAUGAAUUCCGACGUGCUGUUCGACUCCAUCGGCGCUAUUCGCAUGACUGUUAACAAGCGUAACUUUGCGCAGGUCUUGGCAAAACACCGGGAGCAAGCCAGCUAGGACCGACAAUGUAAUACCACCGCUUUUGUCGCAGAAGUGGGGACAAACUCGACGGACACAAUGGAGACUGCUCGACGGAGUGCCUGGGACUCCCUGGACUUCCAGUGAUUGUACCCAUCCGGUUCUACCACGCUAGACGUUGGGAUGAGGUCUGAUGGCUCUCGUCUAGUCUCCAGCUCUAGUCAAUACUCCCAAGCUGUUGGCACAGCUUUGAAAAAUGGAUGUACAUCCUGUGGCAACACCACUUUCAGCCAGGAGGUUUGACCUCCAGAUGUGUUUGUCCAGCUGUUCCUUUUUUUUCACAUGCCCCAGUGAACCAAUCUCUCGAACGGCGACAAACGGAAAUCCAAAGGAGAUUUGAGAGCACAUACAGGUAUGUAUGUUGCAAAGCAACAUGCAUAGCUGCAAGGGUAUGUUGCAAAGCAACAGAUACGUUCUUCUCAUUGUGGGACAUGGAAGCAUAAUAUGGUUCUCCGGCUAUGUGUCGCACAAAGACCAUCAGCUAUGUCCAGUCUCUGCUGUCAGCUCUCCUCCCCAAAAGACCGGGAACAAGUCGAGCCAAACCACUCGCAAGACCUUUCAGCCCGGUAUUUUGUGUGUGGGGCUCUGCUGUCCUGUGCUCCCAUAGUUUGUGGCUGUAGCAUUCUGACGCCAGAUGGGAAUGUGCACAAAAAAAAAAAAAAAGUGGUUUUUGUUUGCCCGUGGUGCAAGUUUUUAGGGCAGGCACAAGCUUGUUCUGCAGUAUUGCAUAGCAUUCCAAAUGUGUGUAAAGAGUGAAUAAGUUUCUGUCCAAAAAGAGGAUUUCCCAGCCCCUCGACAGGAUCACUGUGUAAGCAUUGUUGAAAAAGAGUUGGAGGUAACGGUGUCUUCCAUUCAGCAAAAAGGAGCGUGAAUCUUGAAUCAAACCAAACUGCUUAAGGAGAAACUCUAAUCCUAAAAAAUAAAUUGUCUUGUUGCUUUAUAAGUUCCAACAUAAUUUCUAAUUGCUACACUUAAAAAACGCCCAUUUAUAUUAUGUCGAUUCAAAGUUUUAUAUCCAGGUUGUUUACGAGCAUGUGUUGAAAACUUGUUCCCGUUUUCUAAGAAUUUAUUUUUUCAUCACAACAGAAACUUGUGUGCACAAUAUCUUGCAUCUGAAUACUUUUUGCAGGGUUGGAUAUGUCAUAAAUCAGAGUGCAGAAAAUGUCAGCUCCAACAUUUUCUAAUUGGUAAAGACUUUAAUGACUAAUUUAUCAGCGAAGGAAUUUCAACAUAAUAAUUUUUUCUAGAAUGAUGCUAAAGUUAUAAGAAUGAUUUUGUUGUGCUCUCUACCAGGGCAUGCAGACAUACUUUGUGGCAUAGUUUUUGAUGGGUAAAGAAGUGAGGCAGAAACGUGUGAUAGAUUCAGUACUUUCCUGAGAACUAUAAGAUGACAGUGAGCUUAUCUAUGUGCUUAGUACAAAAUGAUUACUCUAGGUGAGAUGUUAUACAUUGGAUAAGAACUGACGAAAAAACAUGUUGAAAACCAGGUUCUCCCCUUUAAAAGGGGACACUACUCAGAAAAGUCAACUUCUGUACCGCUUGCUCGAUUUCAAUCAAAUUUGCAGUGUAGGUUUAUAUGAUUGGCAAGACCAUCCCUGUUAAAUUUCAUAGUCCUAUGUCAAUUUUGAAACUUGUUACAAAUGUUACAAUAUGGAAGUCAGUGUGUUCGCUUAGGAAAACUAUUGUUUUAAAAUAAAAUACAAAUUUGUGAUUUUUAUGCCUAAUAUAGUCAUAGGAAUACCCAUAGCACAUAUCCAGCUAGCUAUUUUGCUAUAUUGCAAUGUUUUUCAUAAGUUUAACUCCACAAGAUUACACUUUUUUUUUCAUGUCUGCGCUUUUUUUUACAAAUGUUUUGUUUUAGCAUAAAAGAAUGUAAAAGUAGAAAAACUAACCAUCCCCAGGCAUGUUCCUCACAAAAUUCUAUCCCAGAAAGCCACCUAAGAAUAACUCUCUAUUGCAUAAUAGGCAAACAAUAAGUCUUCUAAAGUGAAAUUAAUGCCGAAAAGCGGAACCGAGAAAAGUGUAUUCAAAGUGCUUCAACCCCUGCCUCUUCCUUGGCAUCGGUGGACCGAAAAUAAUUUAUAAAAAAUUGACUAUGCAGUGUAAACUAAUUAAACUUUCUGGGAAUACUCUUUAGAUGUUGGUGGAUGUAAAUAUGGCAUUUUUUCAAAAUCAACUUUUUUUUUUUUGCAAAAAUUGUUUUUUUCUGGGUAGUGUCCCCCCUUUAGAAAGAAAUGCCAGUGUAACUUAAAAGUGCUGUAAAAUUUUGAAGUUGUUUUCUCACUCUCUUUGAUGAACAUCUUCGACGUAACAAAAUACAUUUCACAAACACAUGUUGCAGGAGGUUGAUGGCAUGAAUGAGGAUUUUAAUACAUGGAAGUUAUUUUUACAUUCAGGAAAACAGAAGGGUAGUCAAUUUGACACAGGAGCAGCAUGUUGGUGCUGCGUUUAAAUGCAUGGCUGUCCACGUUACAGGCGCAAUGAUACUACAUGCUUACAAAUUCAUUAGUUGCAAAGUUUCAGUACAACUUGUAUAGAAAUGCUGGAAUGCAUAUACGAAUACACAUAUCAGAAUAAAUAGUACUUCUCCAUGAA